GGCGCACAUUUUGUUGUUGUCAAAAGAUUUUCCACGUUGUUAGCUAGUUCGAGCAUGAGUGUGGCUUCGGAGACAGAUUGUAUCUUUAUUUAACUCAGUAACUAAGAGGCAGUAUGGUUGGAAAGAUAAAGCGGGUCCGCGAAAAGCUUCAUCAGGCUGCGGUUAAACUUGACAGUCCACCGUUCGGUGGCGCAAGAUCCACAGAUUUAGAAAAGGCACCGAUUCCUGUGAUUACAAGUGGUUCGUUCAUUUUCGAUGUAAACAAGACAAACAAUGCACAGCUGCACAAUAAGAAGGAUGAAAACGCGAAGACCCCACUGAGUUCCUUUCCAAGUGGAAUCUUUGCUGGAACACAAAUCAGCCCUGAAGCCCUCGUGCAAACUCUGAAGUUUGAAGAACCAUCCAAUGACACUGGUCCACCUGCACAGAAAGUCCCCGAGGAGAAGAAGCAGCAGACAAAGAAAGAGAAGAUGAAGGAGAGGCGAGACAGGUGGCUAAACAAGAUCAGCUCCAUCAAGCUGGCCAAGGAGCAACAAGUGGCCCAGGCUAAGAGGGCGGCCAUGCCCGUUGUGGGUGACAUGAGGCCGCUGGCAGACGCCCUACCAGAACUCUGCCAGCUCAUCCCCUCCACCACCAAGACCUCCAGAAAGGCCUCCAGAAAGAAUAGGGUGCCAGUGAAGAAGAAGCCAGAACCAACAGACUUCAGCCUGAUGAAGCCAGCCCAAAAACGCAAACUCCUGGAGAGUGAGACCAGCCGGUUUAGUGAAGCUGUGAAGAACCUGGCACACAGCAAGACUAACCCUCUGGCAGCUAUUGGUGAGCAUCUGAGGAAGAGACUGAAGCAGGAAGAGGAGCAGGGGCCUAGCUAACCUGUUCGACUGGAGACGCCAUUUGGAUCUGCAGUUGAGCACCCCCCACCCAGAGACGGGUCGUGUUUGAGAUCGACUACGUUGCAGUCGGUAACUGCAGACUAGCUGACUGAUCUAGAAAUAACCUUGCAUCCUAAAUAACUACUUUAUUAUAAUUUGUAGAUCAGUCAUAAAUUGAUGCUUUCGAACACGGCCAUGACACAAGAAAGCCCCUGCCUUUUUAUUUAAGGGAAACCCUGAUGCCUUCAUCCCUGUUCCCUGUGCCCAAUCUACCAAACCUGCCAAAAUCAAUGAGAUCUUUUGAUUGAAGUGGUUUUGGUCAUUGUGCACUAUACCAGUAAAACAUCAGAGGACUUACAAGUAACGGCAAUGUUUACAACCCCUAAUUAGAUCAUGCCCCCAGUUCUGGAGAAGUUGAAAAUGAAGUUACUUUUGUGGAUGAGGAAAAACAAACUGAUGUUGUAAAUGUUGAGAAUAGAUCUGUCAUCCAAAUGACUCCUUUCGAUUUUUGUACAGUAUCUCUUCCACAUUUCUUUUAGGCGAUAUUAAAAAUGCAAUACAGUACAUUCAAACUUGCCUUCCAUUUUGUAUGACACUAUGUAUGUGUCACGUCGUUGUGAUGUUGAUGAAUAUGAAUUUAGAUCAGAUUGGGAUGGAUAUGGAACGGGAAAGAUUCCAUUUUGGAAGUCAUGUUCUGAAUUCAUUAUAGUUAAACUGCAAUCUGUAAUCCCAAGGCCUGAGGCUCAGAACAGCAGCAUAUCCAUGGAAACCAACCCGUCAUAUCAGUGAGCAUAAGUAGCAACGGCGGUGUGCUACGCAGGUCCAGAAAUAGAAAGGAAACAUCUUCAGCCUAGAACUGAUGAUAAGCAUGGAUGUAGAUGGACACUUCAGACGGUUAGAGCCACAGAGAUUAUGUCCCAAAUGGCACUCUAUUCACCAUUGCGCUACUUUGGGCCCAGGUCAAGAAGAAUAGUGCAUUAUAGGGAAUAGGGUGCCAUUUGGGAUGUAGACAGAGGGUACGGAGAAGAUUAAGAGGGAACGGAGAAAGAGAUCAGAGAUGGGGGGUGGGCCUAGAGGUUCAUUGCCCAUUCAGGCACCAAUCUGAUUACGUUUGAGAGAAGAAGAAAUAGCCAAUUCAUAGAAGGUAUGUUUAUUGCUGGAACGGGCCAUUAGCAUUCAUUAGUAAUGCAUGAUAUGAUUGGAUGAAUAUCUAUAGACAAUAGUGCUGGGUGAGUCCUAACCAGAGUUGUGUAGCCGAUACAUGCUUAGUACUCUGCAUGUAACAGGGACAUUCUGUCCUUCAUAUAAACACAGGAUGAAGACUGAUAGCCAGUGGAUCUACAGUAGAUGGAUUCUGUAGCUCGGUUGGUAGAGCAUGGCACUUGCAAUGCCAGGAAAGUGGGUUUGAUUCCCGAGACCACCCGUAUGUAAAAUGUAUGCACGCAUGACUCUGUCUCUGGAUAAAAGCGUCUGAUAAAUAGCAUCUAUUAUUAUACUUUGUUGAUGGAGGGAGUAGGUCUAGGUUACUCCAUUAUGAAUCAUGUCAGCCUCUAUUGCGUUCAAUGAAGCAUUAAUGCAUUACAUGGGCUUAUGGCAGUUUAUAGUGCAAAUAUCAGUCUGCUAUUACCCCCCGGUUACAGGCUAAUGUUUUAAUCAUUACAGUGCAGGCAAAUGCACUACCAUUCAGCACCACCUAUCCAUCCUGUUUUAAUUUCAAAUACUGGGCAUGACUUUGUAACAAGAAGCAAAGCUGUUCAGUUCCCACUGCCUAUUUCAAAACGGUACAUGGCAUUUUUGCUCUGUAUAUGUCAGUAGGGUUACACUAGUCUCUUGUAACAGAGGUUCUGGGUGUGAGGUCAGGGUUACUCUGACAGCCUUGUGAGUGAUUGCUCUAGUCUCCUGUCCAGUAUAGGGGCUUUAAAUGAGCGGUGCUUCGACUGGUACUCUGGGUAGCAGGCUGUUGUUACUGUGAUGGCCAAUGUCAGUGGGAGAGCAUAGUGUGUGAUAUGUUUUUCAACUGAACUGCAAAUAAUGAUCUGUUGCUCUCCACUCUACAUGAGCGAUGUGUUGUCUUGUCUAUUCAUUUUUGUGAACACAUAUCCUUGGGUGGUUUGUAGAUGUUUUUCUAGAACCGGGACGUUUUAAUGUCUCUGUUGUAUAUUCUCUCUGUUUUGUCUGUAUCUGUUCCUCAAGCCCAGCUGCCCUAUUUCUCAUACAUGACUCAUACUGUAGUUGUAUUGUGCAUCUGCAGUACCAUCCUGGGCAGGCUUGGCUAUAUAAAAACAAUUAAAAACAUAAUCCAUAACUGUUUUAUUAGGCUCAUGUACUACAUAGUCAUCGGCUAGUAACCUACUCAUUAAUGAGGAAAUUGUGCUUUAUUGAAUACAGUAUGCAGAAUUACUCCAUUAGCGUUAAAGAAACUACAGUAUUCCCAUAUCCCCAUGUCUUUAGUGGAUCUGAUGGUUAACUAACUAGAGGUGACUGUUAGCCACAAAUGCUCUGUUGUCGGCUGCAGUCUUCAGGACAUUGGGGAGUGACUCACCAUACACCAGAGUGUAGCUAUUAUGUGAUUCAUACAGGAAGCCAGCGGUGUUGUGUGUGUGUGUGUGUGUGUGGUUGGAACACAUUUUCCUUGCUCAUCAGUGUUUUGGCUGGCUGGUUCCUGUGGAACGUCUUCAGGGCUGUUUGCAGACGUGACUAGUCUCUAAGUCGCUCUCCCUCCAGGCAGGUGAGGUGAGUCAGUGAAUCUUAGACACACACACACACACACACAUUCUGUAGUCUUUAUUUAUCUGCCCUUUAUUUUGUGAUUUAAUGUAAAUAUUGAAACAUGCAAAUCGGCCUACUGCUUCACCCCAGUACAUUCACUGUUCAGAGCAGUGCAGUGAAGACCUGUCAAUAAUGAAUGACAUAGCAGAGCUAGAAAAGUAGCACAUAUAAGGUAUAUUAUGCGUGCCAGUUGUUUGCAAAUGUGGCCAUGACAGCAUAUUUACAGAUAUUCAAAAUUAUUGAUUGAUGUGCAAUGCGAGGAUUAAUGAGCAUACUGUAGUUAUUGUUUGACUAAGUAUCAUCCUAUUCAGCUCCAAAUUGAAUAUUAAAAUAUGCCUAAAUUAUACACUGAACCAGAAUAUAUACGCAACAUGUAAAGUGUUGGUCCCAUGUUUCAUAACCUGAAAUAAAAGAUCCCAGAAAUGUUC